CCCUCCUCCCAUCGCUCCUCCUGUGUUCCUCCCUCUGUCCCCUCCCUCUCUCUCUCUCUCAUCAGGCCUGACCAAAGAUGGCGGCGGCGAUGGUAGUGCGAACGCCGAGUCUCUUGAGGAGGUUCUGAAUAUUUUAGCAGAGGAGGGUUCUGAUUGGAUCUGUGGCUUCUUCACGUUCCUCUAUGACGUAGUUUCCUCACCUUCAGAGGAGCGGGGGGAGGAGCAGGAGGAGGAGCAGGAGGAGAAGGAGGAGCAGGAGGGGAAGGAGGAGCAGGAGGGGAAGGAGGAGCAGGAGGGGAAGGAAGCGGCGGCGGGGAUGGAGGAGGGUGAGACGGCCUCUCGUGAUGACAGGGAGGUCAAAGGGGUCAUACUGGACCUCCAGAACCAGUAGGAGGGCUCUGUGGUCCCGGUACAGAGUGACGGGGUCCAGACUGACGGGGUCCAGACUGGGAUGUGGUCCAGUCCAGCGAGGAAGAGGGUCUUUGUUUGUUGAGGACCUGAUGGAGGACAGGCUGGUUUCCACUGCAGGGUCGGACCUGAGGGGUUCAAUGGUUCCAGAACUCGUCUGUGGUUCUGGUUCAGGGUGUCAAUGUUUACAGUUUUUUACACGUGUAAACGGCGCCUUCUGACCGACGUGUUCCUGGUCACAGGUGGAGAUCUCCGCUCUAUGACCACGAGAAGGUUCUGUCUCCGUUCAAACUCCUCCUGAUCCUGUUAAAUCAGAGCCGGUCCAGAACUUAUCAGACGGUUCUGUCGUUGUAAACUAACUUUGACCAACAUGGCCGACACUCCAUUUCCUCUGACGGAUUAUUCAAAGAAACCGCCACACAGCGCUCCGCCUGUUGACCGCCGCCAUCGCAGAAGUAACGCAACACCGGCUGUGUAACAUUGAGCUCAUCUGUGAUGUCUGUGGAAAAUUUCACUAGUGGGAACGUUUAAGUGUUUCAGUUCAUGUUGUUAUCGGGAGAUUUCAGGAAAAACUUAUAUAUAUAAAUAUUUGUAUAUAUGUGUGUAUAAAUAUAAAUCUGUUGGUGAGAGAUGAUGGAGGAGGAGGUCAGGAGGAGGUCAGGAGGAGGUCAGGAGGAGGAGAGGAGGAGGACAGGAGGAGGACAGGAGGAGGACAGGAGGAGGACAGGAGGAGACUCUGUAAACGGUUCUUGUUUUUUCUAAACCUCCUGAUCUGUCAUCUGUGUGUCCGUUUACACGUGUAGAUGUUGACACCCCUAGUUCUGGUUCUGGUCCCUCAGAGUCUGACCCUGUACCUGGAUUUAAGGACAGAGGGACGGUCGGGUCUCACCUGUGAGAGAACAACCUUGAAGUGGUCUCAGGUCUCUGCAGAGUCCUGGUCCCACUGAGACGAUGAUUACAGGUACUGAGGAAACAGACGUUUGUUAGAGUUGGACGUGUGUCUGAAAUCAAGUCCAACAGAGACUCUGGACCAGGAAUAAGACCGGACUCUCUGCAGGUCCUGGAUCCUCAGAACUGCCCCUUCAAAAUAAAACUCCACGAGGUCCAGGUUUUAGUUUCUGAACUUCAGGACGGUUUUUGUUCUGGAGUUUCACCGUCAGUCAGCUGGUCGAGGUGAUGAAGGUUCCUGUGGAUCUAAAAUCUGAUUUAUUUUCUUUUUAUUGACGUAAAAAUAUAAAAACACCUUCAGAUCAAUAUUUUGAUGUUUAUCGGUCUAAAAAUGGUUUCUGGACGUUUCUGGAUCAGAGGUGUUCACCGAGAGGACGCUGUAGAGACUGUAGAUGUUCUUCAGAUCUUCAUGGACCUGUCCUUCUGUCCUUCUGUCUGUUUAGAUGAGACCAAGAUGAAAGCUCCUGCUCUCAGUCGACACCGGCUGAGGAAAGGUACCGUAGAAAUCUGUGAUUCUAGAUUUCCUCCCCCCACUCUUAGAGAGCUCUUCUCCUCAGUCUUCUGUCUGUUUCUGAAUCUUUAGAGGAAAAGAAAGAAGGAAAGAAGAAAGGAGAACCUAAAGGUGGGCUCUGAGCGUCCUCUUUACACACCUGGACUCUGAUUACCGUAUUUCCCACUAUAAGGCGCACCAACAAUAAACACGUCUAUUUUCAUACAUAAUAUUAUAAAUUAAUAAUAAUUAAUCCAAAUGAAACAGUCAGAUCAGUCAAACUUUAUUUAACUCAGUAACCCUGCGAGGUUACAGUAGCUGCAGCGCUCCAACAGGCCAAAAGGAUUUUAAGAGCUCCUUAUAGUACGAAGAAUACGGUAACCCUGAAAAAUCCAAAACAUGUGUGACCAUCAGAACUGAGGAGGGGGCGUGAAGAGCGGACCGGGUCUCUCUGAUCCUCCUCCGUGUGCUUCAGUGUGACGAAGGUCAAAGACUGAAGAGAGAGACUGUUAACAGAGAAACUGAGACUCUGUAUAGACAACAUUAACCUAGAGUGAAGAGACUGUUUACAGAGAAACUGAGACUCUGUAUAGACAACAUUAACCUAGAGUGAAGAGACUGUUUACAGAGAAACUGAGACUCUGUAUAGACAACAUUAACCUAGAGUGAAGAGAGACUGUUAACAGAGAAACUCAGACUCUGUAUAGACAACAUUAAUCUAGAGUGAAGAGAGACUGUUAACAGAGAAACUGAGACUGUAUAGACAACAUUAACCUAGAGUGAAGAGAGACUGUUAACAGAGAAACUGAGACUCUGUAUAGACAACAUUAAUCUAGAGUGAAGAGACUGUUUACAGAGAAACUGAGACUCUGUAUAGACAACAUUAACCUAGAGUGAAGAGAGACUGUUAACAGAGAAACUGAGACUCUGUAUAGACAACAUUAACCUAGAGUGAAGAGAGACUGUUAACAGAGAAACUGAGACUGUAUAGACAACAUUAACCUAGAGUGAAUAGAGACUGUUUACAGAGAAACUGAGACUCUUUAUAGACAACAUUAAUCUAGAGUGAAGAGACUGUUUACAGAGAAACUGAGACUCUGUAUAGACAACAUUAACCUAGAGUGAAGAGAGACUGUUAACAGAGAAACUGAGACUCUGUAUAGACAACAUUAAUCUAGAGUGAAGAGAGACUGUUAACAGAGAAACUGAGACUCUGUAUAGACAACAUUAACCUAGAGUGAAUAAAGACUGUUAACAGAGAAACUGAGACUCUGUAUAGACAACAUUAACCUAGAGUGACCCCUGUCUGUCCCAGUUGUCCAUCAUGGUUGUUGUGUGAACGUUGAUGGUUCCAGUAACAGUUAAUUUUUUUGCGGCCUGUUCUGGUUUGGUUCUGGUUCUGGUUUGGUUCUGGUACCUCAGUACUGAUCCCAUGAUGAGCCUGUGGAGAACUAACCCAGUUCUGGACUCUUCCCUCCUCUCUGGCUGCUGCAUGUGUCGUGUUUGCAGUGAUGGUUUUGUCUGUACUUCAGUAUGAAAUGAUGAAGUUUGAUCGUAGAUGUCACCGACGUCUGAGCGAGCGAUUAAACUCCCUAAAGGUAGAUGUCUGGUCUGAGUGUGAUCUAUGUUCUCCUGAUCCUAGACUCACAGUCAUGUCUUGGUUUUUUGGAGUUUAUUGACUAAACAGACAUAUUGACUCUUAAUGAUCUCUGUCCUGAUGGUUUAACGUUGUAAGAAUGAUCUUGUUGUCUUUGGUAGAUGAUCCAACAGAGGAGAGCGCCGCUAUAACGAACACGACUACAGGUAUAAAAGAUCCAGACCAGGACUGAUUCUGAGGCAUGGCUUUGGUUUAAUCGGACUGAUGAUGCUUUAACUCUCCUCUAUAACCUGGGUCAUGUUUUUACACAUGUCGGGGUCCAAACGGCGAAUGCACUCUUUCAUUUUCUGAUUUUAUAGUUUGUGAAAGUUAAAGGUGGGGUAGGCGGGAUCUGAGGAAGUGUCAGUGCCACAAACAGACGCUCCUGCUCGCUCGUAUCGUUCCAGUUAAAUUCAGAUAUAAUGCAGAUAAAUCCUUCAGAUCAUUACAAAUGGGGCCCAGUCAAGGUGAAAGUCAAAAGCAUUGGUGCUACUGUAGAUGCCAACAGACUACCAGCAAACACAAUGUUUGCAGGACUUCUACAACGAGGAUAAAGUGACAUAGUCCAGGACCCGAGGGAGGACAGUUUAGCGAUGGCGCUACAACACGCUACAGCAGGUCCGUUUGACAAGAAACACUUCUGUUACAGACACUUGUCUUACUUUGUUAAAGCGGUUUACCUGUCCAGCAGAAAGGUUACAGGGUCACCAAGAUCCCCAAGCGUCCCCCAUGGUUUAUGUUGACCCGGCUUUUUAGCUCUUGUCCGGUCUACCUCCGUUUUAAGCGCCCGUUAUUCCUCCAGAGUCUCCGGUAUUUACUUUGUUUUCUUGCUUGUGUCGGCAGUCGUGGCCAAAGGAGGAUUCAGACAAUUUUCCGAACUUUCUGGUUGGUUUCUACUGUCCGAUAUUGUAGCACGCUAACUUUGUUUGGGCUCCUGAACGACACGGGGGAGCAGCGUCUGCCUCACAACCAAUCAGGUUAGAGGAGGUGGAGAACACGGCGAUAUUAUUAUAUUACCAAAUGUCAUCAAUAACUAAUAACUAUUGACUGAUAUUAGAAGAGUUUUUUGUAAAUAAACCACAAAUAAAGAUUCUUCUUUAACGGACUCCUGCCGACUUUAACUCCGACUCUCUAACGGAUCGAUGGAUGUGAUACUAAGACCUUAACCCUGUCGUAGUCUUUGCGCUUCUUCUACUCUGAUAAUCUGGUGCAGACAGCUCUGCAGGAGCCUCAAUAGACAACAGAGCUGUCAAUCAUGAAGCCACGCCCUUUUUGUAGCAUAAAAUAACUAAAACCUGAACCAAAUCGAUCAAUAAACAGACUCGGCAAAUGUUUCUGUUCAGUCCAUCAUCCCUUCUAGUCUGGAUGGGUUUAAAGGUGGUCCCAGUACGGGGCCCUGGGGGACUCCACACAGAGGUUCUGAUGUCCUCUGGGUUUGGAGACUUGAGCGCGGCGCCGAGUAGAAGUGCUGAGUCAUGGUUGAACCUCAUCCAUCCACUAACAGAGCGACCAUGGUCUGCUGUGACUGCAUGAAGACGGCCCAUGGCGGUCUUAAUCUAACAGAUUACUGCAUCAUCACACGGUGGUUAAAGUGACGCCUUUAAUCUGAACCUUAGACCGCCGUGUGGGAGGAGCCAGGCUGCGCUCCGCUCUGAAGGAGGAGCUGAGGAUGAUCCACGAGAAGAUGGAGGCCAAGAGGAUCGCUCGCAUCGCUUUUGCCGAAAUCAGAGCUUUCCUCGACGAAGAGGAGGCAGCGUGGGAGGUGAAGGUGAAGAGGCUGGAGGAGGCGCAGGAGGAACUGAGGGAGGAGCGAAGGAGGGAGGAGCAAAGGAGGGAGGAGGAAAGAAAAGAAAAAGAGAGGAAAGAAAAGGAGAGGCUAGCUCAAGAAAAGGCAGAAAAGGAAAGACAAGAACAAGAGCGCAUCGCCAAAGAAAGGGCGGAGAAAGAACGACAAGAAAGAGAGCGCAUCGCCAAAGAAAGGGUGGAGAAAGAACGACAGGAGAGAGAGCGCAUCGCCAAAGAAAGGGCGGAGAAAGAACGACAGGAGAGAGAGCGCAUCGCCAAAGAAAGGGCGGAGAAAGAACGACAAGAGAGAGAGCGCAUCGCCAGAGAAAGGGCGGAGAAAGAACGACAGGAGAGAGAGCGCAUCGCCAAAGAAAGGGCGGAGAAAGAACGACAGGAGAGAGAGCGCAUCGCCAAAGAAAGGGCGGAGAAAGAACGACAAGAACAAGAGCGCAUCGCCAGAGAAAGGGCGGAGAAAGAACGACAGGAGAGAGAGUGCAUCGCCAAAGAAAGGGCGGAGAAAGAACGACAGGAGAGAGAGCGCAUCGCCAAAGAAAGGGCGGAGAAAGAACGACAGGAGAGAGAGCGCAUCGCCAAAGAAAGGGCGGAGAAAGAACGACAGGAGAGAGAGCGCAUCGCCAAAGAAAGGGCGGAGAAAGAACGACAGGAGAGAGAGCGCAUCGCCAGAGAAAGGGCGGAGAAAGAACGACAAGAGAGAGAGCGCAUCGCCAGAGAAAGGGCGGAGAAAGAACGACAGGAGAGAGAGCGCAUCGCCAAAGAAAGGGCGGAGAAAGAACGACAAGAACAAGAGCGCAUCGCCAGAGAAAGGGCGGAGAAAGAACGACAGGAGAGAGAGCGCAUCGCCAGAGAAAGGGCGGAGAAAGAACGACAGGAGAGAGAGCGCAUCGCCAAAGAAAGGGCGGAGAAAGAACGACAGGAGAGAGAGCGCAUCGCCAAAGAAAGGGCGGAGAAAGAACGACAGGAGAGAGAGCGCAUCGCCAAAGAAAGGACGGAGAAAGAACGACAGGAGAGAGAGCGCAUCGCCAGAGAAAGGGCGGAGAAAGAACGACAGGAGAGAGAGCGCAUCGCCAAAGAAAGGGCGGAGAAAGAACGACAAGAGAGAGAGCGCAUCGCCAAAGAAAGGGCGGAGAAAGAACGACAGGAGAGAGAGCGCAUCGCCAAAGAAAGGGCGGAGAAAGAACGACAAGAAAGAGAGCGCAUCGCCAGAGAAAGGGCGGAGAAAGAACGACAGGAAAGAGAGCGCAUCGCCAGAGAAAGGGCGGAGAAAGAACGACAAGAGAGAGAGAGAAUAGUGAGGGAGAAGGAAAGGAUGGAGCGAGAGAGGGCAGAAAAGGAGCGACUGGAAAAGGAGAAAGUGAACAGAGAGAAGGAGAGGCAGCAGAGAUUAGUGAAGGAGAACGCUCUACGGGAGAAAACGGAGGUGGAGAGGAUGGCGAGGGAGCGAACAGAGAAAGAACAAAACGGCGUGAAGAUGGAGGUGAAGAAAGACCUCCUGGAGAGGAAAGGAAACAUGACUCAGCAGAAAGCUCCUGCUGACAGAGUGGGCGUGUCUGCGGUCCACAGAGAGAAAAACACGCCGCAGGAGAAGACGGCGGUGGGCGGGAAGAGGAAAUGA